CGCAAGACCUAAUACCUCAAACUUUUAAAACAUUGUUUGGUAAUGUAUUAUAUAUUGUUUAGGCGAGUGUAUAUAUGGUCGCGGGCACUUUAAGUUCACGCAUGUUUUUCACGUCGCAGUAGUUGACGUCAAGGUUGUAGUGUAGUUUUGGUAACAGUUUAGUUGCAUGCCUACGCAAAGUAGGCUGGUUGUUUACUCUGCUCUUGCUGUUACUUUGGUUUAUCUGCUAAAUUACUAUCGGAGAAAGCGCAAGCUUAAAUUAGUUAGCGAAAGGAGCCUUUCACAGGCUUCUGGAUAUUGUCUGACUUCUCAGUCAACUUGUAUUCACGAGACGUCCGACUAUCUACAAGAUCUUGUUACUGAAGAAGGUAGUUUAAGUCCUAUUAACGCAUCUUCGGAAAGCUUUGUAAAGACAAUCCCUGUCGACGGGUAUUCAGUGGCCCUGAAGGAAUCAGUUUCGGAAUUACAAAGUGUUUCAUUCUUAGACGCACAACCUCCAGCUGAGAAAGCAUUUUGUUCAGUGACUCCUUCAUACCUGUUACAGAUGGAAGUUAUCCAGUCGGUAACUAGUAGACUGAAGACUAACUCAGGCUCGGAAUCUGAUCGAGCUCUGACCCCUGAUUCAAACGACGGGUUGUGCGGAAUUCCGCUCCCACCAGAUGGCUUCAGUGACCCCUCAAAUGACAUAUAUGAAGCUAAUCCUGAAGAAAUAAAUGGGAAAAUCCUACCAACAGUUCUCAUCCCCAGUGAUAUGUGGGCUGAAGCUGUUGACAGGGACAUUUGGCACGAAACUUUCCUAAUACCGGCGUAUAUGGGUGGUGUGCUUAUUGGCCGACUUGGAAAGAAUGUAAGAGAGUUAAGGAAUUCGUGGCAAGCUGAAUUCAACUUAAACACCUGUCCAGGAAAACAAGACACCCUGGUUCUCAAGCUAUCGUGCCCACUGCGACACAAAAAUGACGUACUACGAUGGGUUGCUCAUCGCUUCAAAAUGCGUCCCUCCAUGACGACAAUUGGAAACCCAAGUCAGUUGAAGCGCCACCUACCUCUAGGGGAACCGGUGCCAGUUCAGAUCCGUAGUCUUUAUGGGUCUAAGGAAUUAUUCUUGACAAUUCCGGAUGAAGAGUACAACAACUACUUGGAGAUGCAAACUGAACUUGACAAGGAUUAUACUUCCACUAAUAGCUACCGUAUGCAACUAUGCGAACCAGUGACGUCAGGGACAGUCGCUGUGGUACCGCAUAGUCAUGGAUUUGCAAGGGCUUUAAUUAUUAGUGUAUACCCAACCUGGCCGAAGACCGCAUUCUACUACUUGCUGGAUCAUGGCAUAUUUGGAGUCGUACAAUUGAACAAAAUAAAGAAAAUCAGGGCGAAAUACAUGCGAGUUCCAUUUCAAGCUAUCCAUGUCAGCUGGGCUCAUGCAUUCCCCGUAUAUUCAGAUAUUCCUGAUUUACAUUUGCUUAGAACAUUCUUCAAUAGUGGUCGUGUUCAUGCAUUCGCAGUACGUAUGGAAACCUGUUGUCGAGCCUCUGUAGCAUUUGGUGAACCGUAUUCGCAGCCGUAUUCAUCUCAUGGAUUUUUGGACAUUCUAGCCAAUGCUUGCAGCAGUGGAUUAUAUAUGGCCGUUCCACUACUUAUUUAUCCUAGAAGGCAAUGUUGGCUAAAUAAUUCAUCAAUACCUUAUUAUCCUUUUACGUACAGUUACAUUGAUUACCAAUCCCUAGUCUCUUUUGCCAUCGAAGAUGAUGAGGCUUAUGCCAGCAGUAAUCAGUUACCUUCAUAUCAUCAAGAUAUUAGCGAAAACCAUUCAAGUUCAGUAAAAAACCAAAAGACAGAUCAAAACAGAUUCAAUGACAAUUCCCGUUCUCAUUCAAACGGUCCCCGUUGGGGUCAUAAAAAUAAUACCACAUCGUCAAAAUACAAUAGUCGCCGACAAAACACAUCUGGAUCGAACCAUAUACAAAAGGAUUCUGUCUUAACUGUCUCUCAGAAAGAAAAUCAGUGUACUUCAGAGGUAAAAGAAAAUACAAAUGCGACUAAACCAACAUCUGAGAGAAAUGACCACUUACAUAAAAACCAACCACGAAAACCGUUGUCAAAUCGUAAUAAUGGUGUGAAUGGUUCGGGUUGCAGUAAAGCAGUUUCAUCUAAUCACGAUAGAGUGACAACAACAAACAGUCCUGAUGAGUGAAGGUGAUUGUGUUGUUAUUAUUCCAAUUCCCUGUCUAGUAAAUCUGUUGUAUUUUCCCGUAAAGCUUUUUGCAAUUUCUUUUUUUUAAUUUCAUCAAUUAUUUUUUGUACAUUUUUUUCAAUAUGUGCCUUAUGUCUUUUAAACAUUUGUUUACCCAACAAUUUUAAGGUUUGUCCAUUUUAUGGUCCUCACGUAUUCACAUUUCUCCCACUGCUAACUAAAUAUUUGCUUACUUGGUUUGGUUAAUAUGAUUUAAUCUACUCAUUUUUUUCAUGUCUUUGAGUUCCUAGCAUUUUUCUAUUUAUUGGUAUAUUUAUUAACUAUGCUUUCUCAUUAUGUGGAUUUUAAUUAUGACAAAGGUGUAUUUUGACAAUACUUUCACAUUUUCAAAUGUGAUGUGCUGAAAAAUACCUUGUUUUAUUCAAUAUUAUUCAUUGAGUACCACAAUUUCAUGUGGGUAUACUAAUAAAAAAUUUUAUCUCAGAAUUACGUCAUCCGUUGCUCCUCUGGUUUAUUUAAAAUUGAUCACUCGAUUGUUUUCGAUUUCGAAAGGUUCAGUAGUGUCUACUAAAGCUUUUGAAAAAUAGUAACGCUGUAUUCCCCAUAUUCUUCACUUCAUCAUGUGGGUUUAUGGAAUCAUUCAAAGAGUCGAAAACCGCAAUUAUUUGGGGAUUGUAAUGUUAUGCAUUUUUCACUUCAUCAACGAGUAUGAUUCAAGUGGAAGAAUAGACAUUUUCCCACUGUAGUUUCAAUUAUUUUAUUAAACAUACAAUGUCAUACACAUGUUUCAUCAGAUUGGAAUGAAUAGGUAAAAGGCAAAGGAAAUUGUUAUGGAACAUUCGUUAAUAAGUGAUCAUUCAAUCAUCGACACCAUAUUAAUGGUAUGAUGACUGCUCAACCGUUUUGAAAAAUGAAUGGAAGACCACUGAAGGAGUGGGGGAUGAAUUUCAUGCUGCCUUUUUCUCCAACCAUACACGAGCAAACUGUUCUGAGGCAUGUCAUUCUGUGAACAGUCGGCUAGAAAAUUAAAUCAAGCACCUACGAUCGAAAGUAGGUAUAUUUAAAAAAAACACAUCGACCUACGAAGUUUCAAAGUAGUCGUGCAACGUAAAUAAUUCAAUCUUUCAGACAGUUGUUCAGAUGAAGCUGCAAUACACUCAGCAGUUUUACCUCCAGGUAAAGUGAUGUCAUACUCAAGCCAAUACUUGAAUGAAUGAUUCGAUGACUCCUGAUGUAAUUUUUGUGAAUCUAAGGCAAGAACCUGCAAGCGGCAGAAAAAAGAAACAAGCCCAGCGUAC